AUGACGCGCCGGCGGUUUCGAAUCCUGGGAGACGAGAAGCGAGCAAAGGCCGCGUGCCGCAGGCUGGCCAUGCGGUGCGUGGUGCUGGUGUUCGUGGGAUUGGCGCUUACGGUGGCGCUGUGGCCGGCCUGGCCCGGGGAGAGUCGAUUGGCAGGCCGUCCACUGUUUUGGCAGCAAUCAAACAGAAAUAUUCCAUCUGCAGUGGAGCCUGCUGUACAGGAACCUGCUGUACAGGUGCCUGCAGAGUCUGCUCAGGGGCCAAGUAAUAUAUCAGCAUUGGAGGCAGCUGAGUCUUCCGAUGGCAAAGAUGUGCACAUGAAAUUGAAGACAGGGUUCGACGAUUCCUGGAGCAAAAUUGGUCAACAACUUCCUGAUGACGAUUUGGGGGAGUUGGAGCAGGGAACAAGGUUCUACAUCUAUAACAAUGACAUUUUUGGCACAGCAAGUGUCCGUAAUGGACUGGGACCUGACCCCAAAAUGGAUUGUUUCAUCGAGGCGCUUGAGGGCCACAGCAACAGAACUUUCGAUGUCGAUGAGGCUGACCUGUUCAUUGUGCCACUGUACUUUGUACACCCCAUCCUCAACGAGGAUCCUGUCGGAUCAGCCACAGUUUUGGGAGAGUUGAAACACAGGCUGAGCGCAUCAGUGCAGUUCCUGCAUUACGGGGGUGCAGACCAUUUGUUCGUGCUGCCUGCAGCUGUCCCAGACAUGGCGAUGGAAGCAGUUCGGAGGGUGCUGGAGGUUGACUUGUAUUCCUUCUGGGCUGGGCCGGGGCCUGGUGAGGGUCAAGAUGGUUGGAGGUGUCCACGGAGGUUUCUGCCAUUGCAUCUUCUUGGGCAGCCCCAAGGCGACUGUCAAAAUGCGGAGUUUGAUGGAGUGGUGCACAAACACUAUCAGCGGCGCACAUCGCUUUCCUCAGUAUCGAAGACAGCACCUGAUGGUGGUGUGCCUUGUUUAGACAAGAGCAUCUGUGCACAGACUGUUGACCAUCUGCUGGGCAAAACAUUCUCACUGACCCGUGGGAGAGGCAUCUGGACCUGUGGGGCAGAUCCCACGAUGACUAAAGCUGCAGAUGUGGUUGGUGAGCUUGGCGAGCGGGAGUUCCUGAGGAACUCCUGGACCGACCCCAACCACCAGCUAAUGGUGUGCCUGAUUCCCAAGUGCGGCAGCACAGUUAUGAAAAUGAUGCUGAAGCGGAUGAUGGGGAUCCAGUCCUGGGCCAACAGGACACAGAGCGUGCGGCUUGAAGGCCUCGUGCACCUCAAAGCCCCAAACAUAAGUGCCGUCUUUGACAGCAUGGAUUGGUUGAAGAUCUCGAUCGUCAGGGACCCAGUGGCCCGAACCCUGUCUGCCUACCUGCAGAAAAUCGUCGACCUCAGGCUGUUUAGCUACAUCCACUGGAAGCAGGAUCGGGUGCCGGAGUUUCACGAGUAUGUGGACACCCUGUACAAGCACCCCUACAUGGUGCAUGACAACAAGCACUUCACGCAGCAGUACAAGUCCUGUGGAAUGACUCACUCACGGUUCAACUUCAUUGCCCACAUGGAAACGAUGAGGCGUGAUAUCAAAGAGCUGCUGUCCAGGUUGGGCCUGUGGCAAGAAUUUGGUGCAUCUGGGUGGGGGGAAAGUGGAACUGAGUCUUUUCUUGAGGCGUAUGAGCCCUCGGAAAACCACCCAGAGCGCCUGGCUUCCAGUGCUGGAGACGAGGAUGUGGCGGCAUACUACACACAUGAUUUGUUGGACAAGGUGUAUAGCAUCUAUGAGGAAGAUUUCAAAUUAUUUGGCUAUUCAACGGACAAGUGGAGGGCCCUUAUUGACUAG